AUGGCCACUGUUUUCCUUCAGUUCUGUACCACGUGCGAGAGACAGAUUAUGAUUCCAAGUGAUUCAUUUCUCUACUGCAGUGAAAGCUGUCGUCGAAAGGAUUCAACCAAACCCCCUGACACCUUUCAAAUGACAUCUGGAAGAAUGACUUCCUCUAAACUUUCUCCUCCUGCAUCCCCCUCAUCAUCCGUCGCGUCUAAAUCCAUUGGUGUUCCAAUGGCUCCCACGCAGCCAGCGUCAAAUUCCCCGUCUCCUCCAAUUCGAAUCCCCGUGGACAAUCAAAAAGGCACCGCCUCGGAACUGGACUCCGAGUGGAAACCAAAGAUUCCUCACCGAGCUACCAAUCCCUUAAUGUCCAGCGAAGCAUUCCGUUAUCUAUCCCUAUUUCAAAAGUCAGCACCGUCUAAUAUUGUCACGGACAAUGGCAGCAACACAAGCAACACCACCGACUUCAAAAUUGCAGACGAAAAUGGUACUUCUAACGAUAUCAUCAAUAAUGACGAUGGUACCAUCCAUCCCCGUCCCGUCCCCAUAGCCCACCAUAGCUCUGCCAGCGUCUCCACAACUAGCGGCCAAAGCACCAUCCAGGUACCGUCCCUAGCGCACUCACCAACAACAUCUGCUGCUUCAUCAUUGCUGGACAGCCCUACCGAGCCAGCUGCAUAUAUGGCUACCACUACUCAUCCCCCACCACAUCUGACAACACAUCAUCAACGACCUUCAUUCUCUCCCCGUCACAAUGUAGACAGCGGCAUGAACACCUCACGGAAUUUCGAUCUCGUCAUGCCGUACAUUAUUGCAGAUCCAAAUGAUGAUGCUUUCUCCACGACAACUGCUGAAAAUGAGAAAAAGACAGUGACGGUGGGUAGUGGUGAUGGUAGUUAUCUUCUUCGCCAGGAAAAUAUAGGGCACGGGAAGGUUGUUGAGCAUUCUGCUUCUAUCUGUGCAACCCGAGACUCUGGCCGUGAUCAUGGUCAGCGUAAAUUAGAUUGCGAGGAUUGA